AGCAAAGUCCUCCAUCAGACAGGAUCAACAAGACCAGAAGAAUCCACUUGCUUUACUCUCAGAGUAGAACAACUCGAAUCGAUCCAAGAUGAAGACUCUCAGUGUUGUUCUUGCAGUGGCCAUUAUUCUGGCCUGUAUUUAUCUUCAGGAGAGCUCAGCCAGUGGAACACAAGAGCUGGAGGAGGUGAUGAACAGUGACAGUCCAGUUGUUGCAUACGAGGAGAACUUUGAGGAAUCCUGGAAGAUGCCGUAUACCAACAGACAGAAGAGGGCCUUCAAAUGUCGCUUCUGUUGCAACUGCUGCCGACGUGGUGUUUGUGGACUGUGUUGCAGAUUCUGAGCAAUUAUGUUCAUAUUUCUCCUGAUCUUUGUUUAUUUGUUAUCUUGUUCAAUUCUCUGAUAUUUACUAUAGACUAUACUGUGUUAACUUGAGUGAUAAUAAAUUUAGUGAAGCAAGUAA